AGGAGGGAGAGACAGAAGGGUGGGGGCGGGUUGGAGGCGAGAAGCCGUCAUAAUAUCUAGCGCGAGCCAUUUCUGGCUCACCUCCAAAACGAGAAAGAGUGGAGAAGAGAGAAAGAGAAGCCUGGUCCGCAGGAAGAGUGAGAGAGAAAGAGAGACAGAUGGGAAGCGCGUCUCUGCUCUCCCAUCCACAACUUAGCAGCUGCUUUCGCCGCCUCGAUCCGGCCGGGCAGCACCGAUACGCUGCCCCACGGAUCAAAGCAGCGCCCUUCCGGAGCUCUCCCCGCAGGCAUCGUCGGCUCCUCCGCUCCGCUCUCGAAGACGACGGCAGAGAGGGGCGGCAACAGGAACAGCAGCAGCAGCCGUCGUUGGGCGGGGUUGGGGCCGCCGUCGAGGAAAGACCCGAGAACUUCCAAGAAGACUCCGCAGAAAGCAUCAAGCAAGAUAAUGGGCAAAGCCCUGUCUAUAGUUUUCUUUAUCCUAGCAAAGAGCUUCUCCCUGAUGAUAAAGAGAUGAGCAUUUCUGACCAUUUAGAGGAGCUUCGCCAGAGAAUAUUUGUCUCUGUUUUGGCUAUAGGAGCCGCUAUCUUAGGUUGCUUUGCUUUUUCAAAGGAUUUAAUAUUGCUCCUUGAAGCCCCUGUAAGUGCUCAGGGAGUUCGCUUUCUGCAACUAUCUCCUGGGGAGUUUUUCUUUACAACUCUGAAGGUAUCUGGUUACUGUGGGCUGCUUCUGGGGAGUCCUGUCAUCCUCUAUGAGAUCAUAGCAUUUGUUCUUCCUGGUUUAACAAGGGAUGAGAGAAGGUUCCUAGGCCCUAUUGUCCUGGGCUCUUCGGUGCUUUUUUAUGCUGGCAUUGCUUUCUCCUAUUCAAUUCUAACUCCCGCAGCCUUAAAUUUCUUUGUCAACUAUGCGGAAGGGGCAGUGGAAUCAUUAUGGUCUAUUGAUCAAUACUUUGAGUUUGUCCUCGUGCUUAUGUUCAGCACAGGACUAUCCUUUCAGGUUCCGGUUAUACAGCUCUUGUUGGGACAAGUUGGUUUGGUGUCUGGGGACCAAAUGCUCUCCAUCUGGAGAUACGUUGUGGUUGGUGCUGUUGUUGCUGCUGCUGUGCUUACACCAUCAACCGAUCCCUUGACCCAAAUACUGUUGGCAGGGCCACUGUUAGGGCUCUACUUAGGUGGUGCCUGGAUGGUGAAGCUAAUUGGCCGUUAACUGCUUCACCUAAUGCAUAAUUUGCAUUCGAAUGGGUCUACAAAAAGCCAUGAUGUAUCAUUGGCACACAAGAGGUAAAUGUCAUUUACAUUUAAUAUUCUCUCUGUUUUUGAAUUAUGACCACUCCCAAUGUAGUAUAGUUUUAUAUACAGGUGGAUGGGAGGCCAUGUACUUCUGUUAUUCUUUCAUGGGCCACGACAUUUUUUGUUUGCUAUAUUUAAUUACAUAUUUGUACAUCAGCUGGCAAGAAAUUUAUCCAGUUAAAGCAGAUGUUGGUGCAUUCUGAUUCCUGAGGUGUACCACCUCUGGAAUUCUCUUUUUUGUUUUUUUCACUUCACCUCAUGAAGCAAACAGAGUGAGAACAGAAACCAAUGCGAUAGCAUUUUUUUCUAAGCAAGACAACGUGAUAUUUUUUAA